GCUUCGUUCUAUCGUUGUAUCGGCAUUGAAGCCACCAUGGAAGACACCAGUGGUGAACUUCCGAUGGAUGGCGCCGAUGGAUGCCUUCGGGCCAUGGCCCGCGCGAAGUUCCCCACCAUCGAGGCAUGGAGGUGGAAACUUUGGAGUCCGUACGAUCGCGCCUGGUGCGAACGGAUUCAAAGCCUUUGGGAGGAGCAAUCCCAGAAGCUGGAACAAUCGAUUGUGGACGGUGCAGACCCAAUCAUUCCGCUCGUGAUUCACCAGAUCUGGCUCGGGGAGUCCCCGCGCCCAGAGCUGUGCAAGCAGCUUGCGGACACAUGGCGCAAGUGCCACCCUGCCUGGGAAUAUCGCCUGUGGACAGAUUCAGAUGUUCCUGGCCUACUGCAGCACCAUGAGCGUUUGCAGAAGGCCUUUGAAGCUGCAAGGAACCCUGCGGAGAAAAGCGACAUUCUUCGCCUUGUGAUUGUCUUGGAGAAAGGAGGCUUGUACGUGGAUGUGGACUUUGAAUGCUUGCGCCCCCUGGACGAGUUGCAUCGUGCCACAUCCUUCUACAGUGGCAUGUCAAAUGUCGGAGCCUUCGAGUUGAACAACGGCCUCUUCGCAGCGGCUCCCGGGCAUCCCCUGGUGGCUUUCUUCUGUGAGCAUGUGGGCAAGCCCUGGCCAGAAUGGGGGCAGGAUGAGGUGGAUCCCGCUGAAGCAGUUGCCUACCAGCUUCAGAGGUCCGGAAUGUUGGGCAGCGAGCUGGCCUCCAAGGGCAAGGCCUCGUUCUUGGCGAGCACUGGACCUGGCUUCUUUACCCGGGCCAUCAUGCGGGCCUUGCCACUUGCCACAGAUUGUGGCGAUCAGAUCUUGGUCUGCCCGCCCGAGGUCUUCUAUCCUUUGCCCAAUACCCACAGAGAGUUGCCACCGGAAGAAAUUGCCAAGUGCAGGACACCUGCCUCUGCAGCCCUUCAUCACUGGAUGAGGACCUGGGCAGCCGCUGAAGGAAUGGAAGAAACCGGCGGAGCACUGUUCCUGACGUGUAUUCUGCUGCUUGUGAUUGAGAUGGAAGCCGCCAAGAAUACAGACUAUGAUGAUAGUGUCAACCAGCUGGCUGCUCCCCAGGUGGAUCCGGUUCCAGAGCAGCUUGUGACCGCAGAAGACCAGGAGGAAGACUACGUGGAUUAUCGUGAGCUCCUGACAAAGCCCUUGAACGGGCCUAUGGAGGAAGAGGACGAAGAGCCUGAAGAACCUGAAGAACCUGAGGAGCCGGAGAAGGCGGAACCUUUGGAUGAUCGUGAACUGGAAGGACCUCCAGAGCAGGAGGAGGAAGAGCCUGAAGAAGCUGAGGAGCCGGAGAAGGCUCCCAUGGAUGAUUGUGAGCCAUUGGAAGGAGCUCCAGAGCAGGAGGAGGAGGAAGAGCCUGAAGAAGCUGAGGAGCCGGAGAAGGUUCCUACAGAUGAGCCUAGUUCAGUGGCGGAAGUCUCUGAUGGGCAAGCAGAGGAAGAGGAGCGGGAGGGGCUUGAAGACUGCGAGAAGGCGGAAACUGCGGUGGAAGCUCCCAUCUUUGAUGCACUCGGUCCACUUGAAGAGCCCUUGGAAGGGCCACUCGAAGAAGAGGAAAGUGAGAACGAAGAGGUUGGCGACGUGAGGUCUCACUUGGCGAAGCGAAGGAAACGCUUGGAAUCACAGCUCUUCGGCGGGCGACGGCGCAAGAGAGCUGCUGACGGGUGGCCAAAGCAGGAGUUGAAGGAGGAGAUUUCGCUCAAGAAAGAGAUCAGGACGAAGCAAGAAGUUGCCUUUGUGAAACGGGAACUGGGCCAAGGUCCGAUUUUGGCUGGACCUGAGCAGUCUGGCUUGCUCAAGCGCCGCCGCAGAGGCCGCUCAGGUGAGCGAGAGCCGGAAGAUGAUAUUGACUCUGAGAGCCCUCUGAAGCGAGGCCGGCACAUGAACGGCUUACCACAGAGCGAGCUUCUACGGAUGGCAGGACACUUGGAGCGACGAUACCUCUCCUGCGACAGCUUGGCUGUGACUGCCUAG